ACAAACCACCAACGCGCCGUACAAUUUUUAUUUUCUACAGCUCCUUGGCAAAAACUUGUUUCGAGAGCCAGACAUGUGGAAAGACAUGUAGAGCUAUAUGAGAUGGCUACCGCGCCACCUAUGGAAAGAGGUAUUUUGUCUUUUAAUACCAACAUAUCUACCGACAAGGAGCCAGACAAACACAGAAUGCAUGUUACAAGGCCUAAAUCUGCCAAAGCUCGCAGCAGACCAAACCUGAAGUACUCCAAAAGUGUGGACGCAGUUUCCUAUCAUAAUGUCCCAGUUACACCAAGACCACCAUCAUCUUCUUCAAGUGAACUGGGAGACAGUCCUUUUAGACCACAAUCUUCCCAAAGACCACCAAGCGUGAAGACCCAACAUGGAAACACAGAGCUUGUUCAGCAGUUUCCAGCGAGACCGUCCUCUUCCCUAAACAGAUACCGUGUUCUCCCCUCGAUCGAGAAAAGGGGUUCUGGAGAUACAGCCGUUGAGCGCCUGGAAAAGCAGACUCAUGAACUAAGCAUGUCUUCUGCUCUGCUGCUAAAAAAGACAAGACCUUUUCACAAAGACCAGCCAACCUCAGGGCGAGACACAAAUGAAGAAAAGAAACAGGGCAGCAAGAAGUGUUACUCCCAGACAGAAAAGAGGAACCCUGGACUGCCACACAUCUCUAGCCUUCAGACUCCUUCAGACGAACAGCCAAGCCUGCUUCUGGCAGUGAGAUCUCCCUCCGGUGAAAGAUUUCAAAAAGCUUUCCGCCCGUCGGACACUUUUCAAACAGUGCUUGCUGCUGCUGAGGCCAGGUACAACACUACCUACACAAACGGGAUCGUAGAGACCAUGGAGGUGCCCAGAAGAAGCUUCCCUGAUUCUUCCCAUACUCUGGAGCAGUGUGGUAUCCAAAACAAGUCUGUACUUUGUAUCCUGGAUUCUCUGUAGGGUCUGGAUUAGAUCAUCAACACAGAAAGGCCAGCAUGGCUGUACACUCUCAAUUGUGUAACAUAACCAAACUUACCUUAGAACAAUUCCUACAAUACCUUUUUUUAAUUAAUAGAUUAUCAAUAUGGAAUAUCAAUAUUAAAUGCUUUCACAGAACUUGAUUAGCACAGACUACCUAGGUAAAAUAGUCCAAGAUUAGUGCUGAACAGGGUCUGAUAAACCAGGUGCAUAUGUUCAUUGUAACACGUACAGCUGGCAUCACAAUCUGCACUAUCCAGUGUUACUGUAGGUAAGGCAGUCCAAGACCAGUGCUAAUCAGGAUGUGUGAAAGCAGCUGGUAAAGCAGAUCUUUCCUGUGCAACAUGUAAUGCAGAUGAAGCCCUGUUACCUGUAACACAGCAAUGAGCUAGCUGGUGUCACCUGAAAGGGAUAAACAGCAGCAAUUCACUUGAAUUGUGUUAGUACUAAUGAGCUACAAAAUGCUUUUCAAAAACACUGUUUUUUUUAUGAAAAGGUUUUGUUUACAAUGUCAAUAUAUUGUGGCAAAUACAGGCCGAAGAACAAUGAUUCAUGCUUUAUUCUGUUUUUACUACACAAGAACUUGCUAAUAAGAAAUGAAAAGCAUCUCUUUGUUGUUAUAGAAUUAGGCCUACAUUUUAGACUUCCCUGAUAAAAUCUAUUUAGCUGUAAUUUAGCGUUGGUUAUUGGGACUUGGUGCUUGUGUCCAAAAAUGCAUAAAUCCAUAAUUUAAUCACAUGUCAAAUAUACAAUUAAAAUAUGAUUUAAUCCAAAGUAACAGUUUAAAAUACACUAUUUAAAAGCAGAACAAGAGAUCUCGAGUGGUGCAUCCAGUAAAAGCAUUCGUGUAGAAUGCAGGACGCGCCCUAUAGUCUGGACGUCGCCGGUUUGAGUCCAGGCUAUUCCUUUGCCGACCGAGGACGGGAGCUCCCAGGGGGCGGCGCACAAUUGGCCGAGCGCCGCCCGGUGGGAGGGAAGGUUAGGUCACCGCGCACCAGCGACCCCUGUAGUCUGGCCGAGCGCCUGCAGGCUUGCCUGUAAGCUGCCCAGGGCUGCGUUGUCCUCCGACACUGUAGUUCUGGGUGGUUGCAUGGUGAGUCUGUAUUUUGUAAAAAAGUGGGCGGCUAACGGCACACGCUUUGGAGAACAGCGUGUGUUUGUCUUCGCCCUUCCAGAGUCAGUGCAGGGGUGGUAGCGGUGAGCUGAGCUAAAACAAUAAUUGGACACUACUAAAUUGGGGAGAAAAAUAACAAAAAACUAAUUGGCGACUACUAAAUUUAAAAACAAAAAAAGCAGAACAAUACCAUUGUCAUUCACAGGUAAGUUGCACCAAUGCAUGUUUAGAAAACACAUUUAUCUACUAUUAUCAGGGUAUUAUAAUUUAUAUUUUUGCAGAAGGUUGUGCUAAAUAAUAGAAGAUGAGAUCUGGGUAGCUUUACUAAUUGAAUUAAAAAAAAUGAAGUAGGAAUAUGAUCAGUAAUAAAAGAUAAUUAUGUUCUAUAACGUCUUUAUUAUUAGCAGAAAAACAAAAGCUUAAUCCAGAUACAGUAUUUAUCAGAAUUCUAUGUGGGUUCUAUGAGGUUCCAUUAGACAAUUCACUAAUCGGUGUUCAGACAAAAUUAUAUUGUGUGUGUUGUCUUAAAUAAACAUGGUGAACAUUAUUUGUCUUUUUUAAUAACUCGCGGUUUCAUUUUAGUGUUUUAAGUGUUCCACGGCAGGAUAUCCCUUGACUGGAAUUGAAGGGAUUUAAACAUAAGGUUAUAAGUUAUUUACAGUGUUUUGUAAAGUGGAGUCUUUAAAUUCAGGUAGUAAAUGCUUGCAAUGAACUCUGGUGAUAGGAAAUAAUUCCCGAUACAAUCUCUAUAUUUUCUUAAGAAAAUGUCAUUGUAUUGUCUUUGUAUUGUCUUUGUAUUUAAUUGCCACAUUUCCCUCACUCUUUAUGGAGUCUGCAAUCAUUCUAAUUGGUUCAGGGUUCUGUUGUUCUAAUAACAAGUUAUUGUCAUGCACCUUACACAGGGUGAUUCAUAAUUCGCACAACAUUGUCAGAGCAUUUCAAAAACUGGAGGGUACGAGGAGGAUGAUAUUCAAAACAAACAUGUCUCUGACUGCCACUCUGUGACGCACCAUAUGGCCACCAGAGGGCUGUUCAAUAUUAAUGUCACCAAUCAAGUAGAACUGAAAUCAAUGCAAAACAAUGUUGUGCGAAUUCUGAAUCACCCUGGAAAUAGACCAGUGUUUUUCAAACUUUUUUUUCUCGUGACCCAGUUUAAAAAAAAUUUUUAAAAAAAUAAUUCAAGCUACCUAAUAACAAUGUCUCACUGGAGUUUUAAUAAAAUAAACAAUACAUGGUAAUAAUAGGUAAUGGUAGCUUCAACCUCCUUGAUUAAAGUAACUACGGUACUAAAUGCAGAGAAGGCACUAAUGUAAAGGCAAUGCGACGUUGAAGAACUCACAAAUUCACACAACCACGAGCGCGAAAAAAUCACGACCAGUAAGGUACCUUAUUAGAUACAAAUAAUUGUACUCUCUAUUUGUUGACGUUCGUUAGGCUGAAUCAGAGUCAAUAUGGAGGCACAUUUACAGUAUUGGUUUUCAUCAGUUGUUGUUGUUUUAGCUGAUUUAUGUGCACAUAUCUGUGCUUUACGUUUCUACUGCAUUUAUAAAAAUGAAAACUUUGAUUUGCUGCGCUUCUACUGGCAGAUUAAAUGCAACUGAGUGUCGGGUAUUACAGUAUAAAUUGAACUGUUAAUUACAGUGGGGCGGUGCCACCACAGGGAUUAGUAGGCACUUUAUUGUUAAACACCAAUUUUUGCACUUUAAUAAUUCAAUUCAAAUUCAAAUUCAAAUUAAAAAAUGCUUUAUUGGCAUGACGAGAGCGCUCAGGUAUUGCCAAAGCUUUUAUAAUACAAAACAGAAAUAAUAAAACAGAAAUUUCGACCCCGUUAAAUGGACUGGCACGGCAUUUUGCAUGGAUGGUCUUUUAGGUAAACGUCUCUUGACGUGACUGAAUUCGUUCCAGUCAGAAGUUCAGUUUUUGAGAUCAUUUUUUAUUUGUUUGUUUAUUAUUAUUAUUAUUAUUAUUAUUAUUAUUAUUAUUAUUUAAAGAGGCUUAGCGCUGAGGAAGUUUGGAGUUUUAGCCUGAAAUUUUUAGGGUAGGAAGGGGAUGGCCCAAAAAUUUUGCUUUUACUGGUAAUACAAACAAAUUAAUAUUAGGUGUUUAAAAAACACUGCAUUUAUAGCGAAUUUCUGUAAAUGUGUAACAGUGAAACGUCAAGCUACUCAGAUCUGUAGUUCUGCGGGACUCUUAAACAGUGCAAGCUCUCAAGAGUUCACAGCACACAGCUUUUCAGGAAGUUUGGUGUAUAAACGUCUUGCUUUUCCCAGGUUAUAAAGCACAGAUUUUUUUUUUUCGAUGUGAAAUAAUUAAUCUUUUAAA